GGCUUGUGUUUUGUGAUAUCAAAUAAGAAAUAAAAGAAAAUAUGUAGGCUAUCUAGUAAAACGAAUGAAGAACUCUAUAUAUAACACUAUAUAUAAUAAUUUGUUAAAUUGUUAUACUUGAGCAAUAUAAAUGUUUUGUGCUGCACUGUGUGUAUAAUUUACAAAAUAUUAAAAUGAGCUCCUCAAUAAGUGGCAAGUUGGAACUGGACCGCAUAUGUCGUGUCUGCUUGCAGGAAAAAUUCGAUUUAGUUUUAAUUUUUGAUGAGACGUUUGCUGUUGAUGGUGUAACAAUGUCACAAUUACUGUCUGAAUGCACGAGAUAUAAAGUCGAACGGUUCGAUAAUAUGCCUCAUCAAAUUUGUGGUAACUGCAUGGAAACGGCAAAGAUUGCCUUCAAGUUUAGGAGACAAGCUGAAAAGUCUUAUCGCAUACUAACCAAUAUGUUUGAUUCAGUUGCUGAUAUAAAUCCAAACUAUACGCCUCAAUCUUCUAUGGACAACUCAACACAGACAGAAAAAAUAUCGAUACAUCCAUGCGAGAUGUGUGGACAAAAGUUUUUUGAUUCCUCAGACUUAAGGGAACACCGUUUGGUAGAACAUCGUGGUAACACUAAAGAAUGUAGCGUUUGUGGUGAAAAAUUCAUGCGUCUUCGUCAACUGCGAAGCCAUGUGAUGCAAGUCCAUCCUAAAGAGGGACUUAUGUCAGAGAUUGUGUGUCGCUUAUGUCAUCGAAAGUUUUCACGUAAAGAUCAUCUAAGGCGACAUAUGCGUAACAUUCACAAAGUCAACUACGAAAACACAAAAACUUCACUAGAGGAACCAGAAAUUGAUGUAGAAAUUGGUAAAAAUGUAGAUACAACAACAGCUGCGCCGCUUUGGCCAAACUUCAAUGAUUACGAGCAUAAUAUGGAUAAAGACAUGUUUGAACCUAAUCCAAUAUCAAGCGAUGAUGAUCACUUCGAUUAUAGUGUUGCUGACAAGAUUUUAGCUGCUGAACCUGAGGUUAUUAUAAAAGUUGAAUCUAAUGAAAAUAAUUUUCAAUCAACUACGGAAAAAUCGACCAGUAACACUGAUGAAAUUUCGUGCAAUUUAUGUAAACGUACUUUUACUAGUAAAGGGUUUUUAAAACGACAUUUAAUAAAAAUACACAAACAGGAUUUAGAAGAUUCAAAAGAAUUACUGGAAGAGCCAGAAAUCGACUUGCAACCUAAUGAAAUUAGUACAAAGAAGGAGGAUAAUUUAGAUGAGUCUAAUUCAUUAAAAGAAGACAACAAUUGUGCAACUGAUUCAAAAUCGAUAUUUGAAAAUUAUAUUAAAGUUGAACCAGAAGAUGCCAGCAAUCCGUUAAAAGACUGUAUUAAACCUGAAACAAAUGAUAUUGCUUCAAUAACAAGCAAUAGUUUAUCUAAUAACAUACAAAUCAGUGAACUACCGAUAUAUAAUAAUUCUGUUAUUGAUGAGCAUAGACAUAAGGUUAUAAUUGUAAAGGAAUACUUAGAGCUACGCGCUAAAGAGGAAAAACAUCGUAACAAAAGUGGAGAAAACAAUAGGGAGGCAAAUCGGUGUCAUGAAUGUAAUCGCACAUUUUCCCGACAUUGUCAUUUAAGGCGACAUAUGUUAACACAUCUCGCGGAGAAACCUCAUGCUUGCCCACAUUGUUCUAAACGCUUUGCUAGGAGUGAUCAUCUAAAAGCACAUGUACUGAAUGUACAUAAUGCUAAGGAGUUUAAGUGUGAUAAAUGCGAUGCUGCAUUUGCAAAGAGUGACUCUUUAGAACGUCACAAAGAAAUCAAACAUGGAGAUGAACCCAACCUGCAUAAAAUUCAUAGUUGUGAUUUUUGCAAUAAGAAAUUUAUGACAAAAAAUUAUUUACGCAAACAUAGAUUAUUGCAUACUGAUCGAAUUUUUGCAUGCAAACAUUGUGAAGAGACAUUUAGAGAUAGAAAACAAUUUCGAGAACAUGAAAAAACGCAUAGUGGUGAACGUAAUUAUUUAUGUUCAAUAUGUGGUGAGAGUUUUGUUCGUAAUGAUUACCUUGUUGUACAUAUGAGAAGACAUACAGGUGAAAAACCAUACAAAUGUCAGUACUGUGGCAAAGGUUUUCCUCGUGCAACUGAUGUAAAAGUUCAUGAAAGAUAUCAUACAGGCACAAAACCAAAUCUAUGCACUCUUUGCGGGAAACGUUUCCACCGUGCUUAUAAUUUAACUAUACAUAUGCGAACUCAUACUGGAGAACGUCCAUUCAAAUGCGAUCAAUGUCCAAAAAGUUUUACACAGAGUAACGACUUAAAAGCGCAUAUACGUCGGCAUACUGGAGAGCGUUUUAAAUGUAAUCAGUGUGAUGCUGGGUUUUUGCAAAUGUAUGGCCUGCGACAGCAUGCACUAACCGCACAUGGGACACAUAUGGAGUCAUCAACAGGUCGCUUACAAAAAUUUCAUCCUCUGCCUGCGUUACAAACAUUAGCACAACCACAAAUAGAAAUGCCAGCUCAAAUGCCAAUGGCACAAACUGAACUAAACAUGGUUAUGGAGCAAAAGCAACCCGAAACUACACUUCAAGCUCAAUAUCCAUAUAUGGAAACUUCCUAGGUAUUUCUAUAUAUAUUAUUGGGCGUUUUUUUUUUGUUUGGCAUUAUGUUCCAAAUACAUAUAUUAUUUAGUUAUUAAAAAAUAUUCCUGUUUUAAAGUGUUCGAGCAUUACAAUGUUUAAACAGUUCGAAUAUACUCUAAUUCGAACAUUUAGAUCAAACACUUUAAAUGUUCGAACUGCUUGAAGAUGUUGUAAAAUCGAAUUUUCAUGUUAUAAAAAUAAUUAUAAUAAUAGAUACUCGAAUAUUUUUGAGUAUCUCGUCAUGCUGUCCCACAUGGUUGAGUUCAAGCAUUCUCGAGCUUGAUGUUCGACGGUUCGAUCAGGUUAAACCAUAUUUAAAGUACUAUUAAAGUACUUUAUUCAAAUGCUUGAUGUUGAGGAAUUUAAAUUAAAUCAUAAUUGUAUUAUAAUUUAACUAUAAUUAUAGAAUGCUUUUAAGUUAAGGAAUCAAAAUAUUGAGCAUUCCCUUUAGAAAAACGAUAUGAGAUAUCUACAAAUGAAUUAAAAAAUUAUAUUAAAAUCUUUCUGUACAUUUUUAUAUUCAU